AUGGGACGCAGGAAGAUAGAUAUGGAGAUGGAGGCCACCAUCUCAAAGCGCCGCAAGGGUUUGUUUGGCGAAGCCACCGACCUUGACUCCUCCUCCUCGUCUGGUUUUAAGAUGGCUGUUAUCGUCUUUUCCCCAGCCAACAAGCCCUAUGUAUACGGUCACCCCUCCGCGGUCGCUGUCAUAUAUCGUUUUCUUGGAGAACAAGAUGACGAUGACGAAGAUGAUGACGAUGACGAAGAUGAUGAUGAAGAUGAUGACGAUGACGAUGACGAUGCCGAUGACGAUGACGAUGAUGACGAUGAUGACGACGAUGAUGAUGAUGAUGAUGAAGAUGAUGAAGAUGAUGAUGGUGUUGUUAUUGAUGAAGAUUUAGAAGCCAAUCAAGAGAAAGAAGAGAAAGCAGUGCAAGAUGGUAUAGAUGAGCAUGCGGGAGUGGAUGAACUAGAUAAAAAAAUAGCUACCCUAAAACAUUUCAUAAAGAUACUGGAUUUGAAGAUAGAUCAUGAGAUGAAGAGGAAAGACUCUUGCACCAAGGAUAAUAAUUCAUUGAUUGCUUCUUCUAGCGAAGAAAGAGAUCAAUCUGAUAAUUAG